ACCCACGAUUCUCGCUUAGACACGUCCGCCAACCAACCCUGACUCCGUGCACCACUGUCUCGCAUCAAAAUAAAGGCCAAAUUUUGUCGCCUUCCCUUUGAGUCUGAUUCUGUAUUCGAACCUGCCACGCCUUCGUAUGCGCCGCGUGUUUGCCGAGCGAGCAUUUAGUGACCCCCAGUUAAACAAGCAGCCACAACUGCGAACUACACGGCAUAAUGAACCGUCAGAACAUUCACAACUCGGAGCAGAGUUCCAAUGGUCGAAGUUCCAAUAACGAAAGCUCGAACAACUCCAGCUCGAACAACCACAGCUCGAACAACCAAAGCAGUGAUAGUGCUCAAGCCUCUAGUUACGAGACUCCGAACACAGAUCCCCUACUCCUUACUAGAUAUGCCGAGGAUUCGGAUUACUACAGAAGUUUUCUCGAACAACUUCUGGACUUGGUUUGCAAUGAGGAUCAAGAGACGGUAGCCCGAUUAGUCACUAUCAUCCGUUCUGGUGCCUCCCAACGAGAGAUCCUUGCGGCGAUUUCUCAAAUGCAGAAUGGAAACAACCACUCCAGGGAAAAUGGUUUCACGGGAUCCUAAUAGUGAUGACAAACAUGGUGAAAGCUGAUACGUUGCAAUGACUCUACACCUUGCCUGUCUCUGCUAUCGUCAUCUUGUGAUGUC